AUGUUUGUGAAGUCAAUUGAUGCAUCAUCUUUUAUGCAAACCAGGGAAAAAACUUUCAAAUUACUCAAUGCAUUUGUAGAACAAAUUGGGGAGGCUAAUGUAGUCCAAGUAGUAUCAAAUAAUGGAUCUAAUUAUGUGUUGGCUGGGAAGUUGUUGGAAACAAAAAGGCCAAAUUUGAAUUGGACUGCAUGUGCUGCACAUUGCAUUGACCUUAUAUUGAAGGACAUUGGGAAAAUUCCUAGAAUUGCAAAAACUUUGGAAAGGGCCAUUCAAUUGACUGGAUAUAUCUACAACCAUGGGGGUGUGUUAAAAAUGAUGAGAGAAUACACAAACCAAAGAGAGCUUGUUAGGACUGGGAAAACUAGGUUUUGCACUUCAUAUCUUACAAUAAAAUCCACUUUUAAGCAAAAGCAUAGCCUAAGGGCCAUGUUUACUUCUGAGGAGUGGGUUCAUAGUAGAUGGGCAAAGGAAGCAAAUGCUAAACGAGUAGUAGAAAUGAUUUUGAUGCCUUCUUUUUGGAAUACUAUAGUUUACAUUCUUAAAGUUAUGGGCCCUCUUGUUCGAGUUCUUCCCAGUGUUGACAAUGAGAGAAAACCAACUAUGAGUUACAUAUAUGAGGCAAUGGAUAGGGCCAAAGAAGCUAUUAUAAAAGCUUUUAAUGAGAAUAAAGAAAGGUAUUCAAAUAUUUUUAAAAUCAUUGAUGAGAGAUGGGAAUGUCAACUACAUCCUUUGCAUGCAGUGGGUCAUUUCUUGAAUCCAAAGUAUUUCUAUUUUGAUCCUAACAUAGUGACAAAUCAUGAAAUUACAGCAGAAUUGUAUGCUUGUAUACAAAGACUAGUUCCUAGUACUAAAAUUCAGGACAAGAUCAUGGUUGAGCUAUCCAUGUAUAAGAAAGCUGAAGGACUCUUUGGCAUUCAAAGAUCAAGAAAGACAAGGGCUCCAACUGAAUGGUGGAGUUUGUAUGGGAGCUCAACUCCGAAUUUGCAACAAUUAACUAUAAAAAUCUUGAGCUUGACUUGUAGUGCAUGUGGUUGUGAGCGCAACUGGAGUGUGUUUGAGCAGAUUCACACAAAAAGAAGGAAUAGACUUGCACAAAAACGACUAAAUGAUUUGUUCUUUGUGAAGUAUAAUCAAAAGAUGAAGGCACGAUAUGAUAAGCGUGAUGUUAUUGAUCCCAUCUCCUUAUAUGAUAUAGAUGAAAGUAAUGAAUGGUUGUUGGGGGAAAUAGGUGCUAAACCAUCUAUGAAUGUUGAAGAUGAGUUGGUUUUUGAUAAUGAUGAUGAUGGUUUGACAUGGGGUGUAGUGGCAAGAGCUGCUGGUGUUGGAGAACCAAGGAAGAAUACUAGAUUCCAAACAAAAUCAAGGGCAAGCUCAAAGGCCUCAACAUCACAACCAAAUAUUGAAGAGGAAGAUGUUGAUUCUGAUGAGACCGUGGAAGAGAAUGUUGAUGGCUAUAAAUCUGCUUCAAGUGGCUUUGAAAGUGAUGGAAACUUAAGUGAAGAGUCUAAUGAUGACCAUUAG